AUGGCAAGCACUCCACACACCCUGACUGAUCACGUCUGGUCACCCGCCUGCGCGUCCACCCAGGGGCCCACGUGUGUGCCGUGGCUGGCGGAGCGGGCGGAGGCGUUGGUCGGCAUCGUGAAGCAGCACGACGGGGUCCUUGACGCACAGCCGUGUGCCUGCUCCCAGCUGCUCCGCGCCCGGGGCCAAGCUGUCAUUGCGAACAAGGCCCCCUUGGAGAAAGCCCCGGCCCUCAUUGCUGAGGUGCUGGCCACCUACCCCACGGACGCGGAGAUGGCUGAAGCCGGCUGUGCAGUCCUGUGGCUGCUGUCCUUGCUGGGCUGCAUAGGGGAGCAGCAGUUGGAAGAGGUGGUGGUCCUGCUCCUGCAAAGCAUCCGGGCAUGCCAGGACCGAGCCCUGCUGGUGAACAACGCCUGCCGGGGGCUGGCCAGCCUCGUGAAGGUGUCUGAGCUGGCGGCCCUGCACGUGGUGAUGCCCGAGGAGGGCAGCAGCGGCCUCACCCUCAUCCAGGAGACGUACCAGCUCCACCAGGACGACCCGGAGGUGGCGGAGAGCAUCUGCAUGCUGCUGGCCCACCUCGCCUCCUCCAAGGAGAUCCUGUCGGAGCUGGUGUCCAGCGGCAUCCAGCCCCUGGUCGAGGAGAUCCACGGGCGCUUCACCUCCAGCCUGGAGCUGGUUUCUUACGCACAAAGUGUGCUUCAGAAGCUGGAAGAGGCCUCGCGGCCCAGCUCCGAAGGUGGGCAGUAA